AUGGCGAGCCAUCAGGGACAGAACCACGAUCGCGGUUUCCGCGAGGCGGUGCUGGGGAGAUGCUUUGUGCAGACCGGCACGGAGCGGUUUGGCGAUGGAGCCCACGACAUCAUACGACAGCGCGAGCGCGACCACCUCAACCACAUAGAGACCGAUGUCCUCGCCCAAGGAGUGCCCGUCGGCCAGAUAUACACGGGCGCGCCGCAAGAUGGACGUGACGCCCAGGAGCCGUCGCUGGAGAAGCUCAUCCCGAAGAUGCCGUACUACAGGAAUAAUUGCACGGCGCUUUCGCAGCGAUACAACCUGUACUUCGCGGCGUACGAAAACCGGAUAUUCGUCUACCGGCCGAAAAGCGUACCGAAGCAGGCCCUCCCUCGAGAACCGAACCUGAUCCUGGCGACGAAACCGGACACGGUCGCUAAACACGUCUCCGGUACGCUCGACGGCAGAUUUCACCACCAGUCGAACGCCAUCGCGACUGGGUUUCUUGGGAGAGAGGAGGUUUUGGUGUCGGUGUACGACGAUGGGUCUGUCUUUGCGUGGUAUAUCCGACCCAUGGCGGAAUACGUCGACCACGCAUCUUCAGACUGCCACUGCAAAUUCCCCAUCCCGACACAUUUCUUCUCCGACAAUGUUGGCAAGUCGGCAUGGGGUAUAGCGGUGCAUCAGAAAUCGCGCCUCAUCGCGAUUAGCUCCAACAGAUUUGAAGUCACAGUCUUCGCCUUUGGACUAUCGCGCCUUCCGGAGGCCAUGGAACGUCGGUCCAGGCCGCUGGACUACUGCGAGAGCUCCGUGUUGAAGAGGAAACGGAACUGGAGGAUUGUUGUACCCUUGGGCGACGGGGGCCACAACAUCCCCAACGUUGCCCUCUGGGACGACGACGAGGGUUUCGCGGAGAAGGUCGUGGCCAUCGAUAUCAACGGUACCGUCUGGGUCAUGGACAUCUGGAAGGUCGGGACGGCGGCGGUGAGGAUUCCGCACCGGGCUAAUCUACCUGGCCAAUGGAACUUUCGCAAUCCAAUGGGUUGGGGUGUGGCCGUUCUACCAUAUGAGAGCUUUUUGACCGCGUACAACGCCACCGAUCUGUUGGGCUUGAGAGAAUCGGAGAUCAUGAACGCAAAACCUCCCCAUACCGGGCGAUGGAUCGAGGUCCAGAGGGGCCUUCCCAACAUCCGCAACCAUCCGACCGAAAUGUCCGCUCGAGAUGUGCCAGAACCAGAGGCGUUUCAUGCUACCUUACACAUGCAAAAUGGAGUGACAUGGAACCAGUUCCAAUUCAUGCAAAACCUCAUGGCCCAGAGCCUCGCGCAGCAGCCUCCACCACCGCCAGCGCAAACUCCUCCUCAGACGCAGUGGGAAGCACAAAUUGCUGCGGCGACGACCGAACAGAUUAUGGAGGCUGCUACUAUUCCGGAGUGGGCCGAGGAGAGCGAUGCAGGAACGGACGACGAGCCGGUCGCGGCUGCUGCCGACGGUCCUGGUCCGUCAUGGGAAGCGCAAAUUGCUGCAGCAACGUCCGAAGAUCUGGCAGCGGCUGCUGCCGACGGUCCUUUCUACCAGCAGGAGGAUGAUACCUCCAGCGAGGAAGACGUCAUAUUGACGCUUGCGGAAGACAAUACCAAUGGAGCGCCGUUGGUGUCCUCACCCUCCGUGGAAACCGACGAUGAUGACGCCAGCUCCUUCGGGCAGCCUUUUCUUAACGAAAACCAACCACCCGCCCUCAAUGGCCCUCUAGAACAGCUCGACCUCGACCCGGAAGAGAAUGAUUACAUCUUCAUAGAAGAAGCAGUCGGCGCAGCUUACGAAAGUAUGGGCCCCGUAGACGCAUUGACGCAGGUGCUGCCGCCCGACGGAACUUGCAACUUCAUCAAGUCGGCGUCGGGCGCGCGCAGCAACGGCCUGUUCCAGCAAUCGUCCUGGCUUGACAUGGUCUACUUCCCUCACAGCGGUAAGACCUACGUGGCGCCGACUACGGUCGUGGGGAGGCUGCAGUUCCACCGCAGAGACCGGAUCAGGAAUCGUAACACGACCGAGCAGGAUAGGGAGGUCCUCGAGGAGCUCGGCCGCCGGUGCUGCAUCUUGCGGACGUACGAGCACGACAUUGAGAUGCGGAGCAUCAUUGAAGACGACGGCGCCGCGGUCUUCUGUCGCGACCCGAUCAGCUGGAAGCAGCCGCGUAACCAACUCCUCCAGUACGCCGAGCGUCUCAACAUGAUUGUCCACGUACCCGAGCUUUCCCUCGUGGUCAUCGGGUCGGCGAUCGGGCGGGUUAUGCUCCUGACACCGACGCGGUCGCCGUACGGCCUUGAAGGUAACGGCUUUACGGUCAAGAGCGGGUAUCGCAUCGACUGGGUUCUCCCGACUCGCGAUGACGACGAGGAGGGGCGAAGGCCGCCGAGGGGUCUGUACGGUAUCGCGGUUGGACCGGUGCCGGAGGGCGGCGCGCCGGGUUGUCUGCUGAGACCCGACAACGCGCCUGCGCCGUCGCCCGCGUUGAGGCGGUACCGGCUCAUGCUGCACUACCGCGACCACAGGAUCCUGAGUUAUGACAUUGGACGCGAUGAGAGGGGCGAGCACCUACUCAUCUUUUGA